AUGCAAUCGCCCGUGGAUGAUACCUCUACCCAGCGGCCGUCCCAGGCCAGAUACACGAGACAGAAGGGCUCCAGAUCGAAGAAUGAUGCCCGUCAUUACAGGGGACUGACCUGCGCUAACUGCAGGAUUCGAAAGAUGCGAUGUGGAGGUGGUCAGCCACGCUGCAAGACAUGCGAUAUCUACGGCGACGAAUGUAGAUACGAUAAGACGCCGCCCAUGUCGCAGAUCGUAGCCAUGGCUCAACGCUUGCAAGAGGCUGAAGAAACCAUCGGAAGCCUUCGUGCCCAGCAUAGCGCUUCUUCACAGAGCGAUGUCUCUCCUCAGACAGCCUCCACUCCAACAGGUCCGCUAGCAGCUGCCAUCGCAUCUCCAGAUGUUGCACCUGCUGAAGAGCCGCCCGCUUUCAAGCCCAACCAUCGCCCUACUAACCUCCAAAUGUCAUGUCCAAGCACAUCCAAAGACCACUUGCUGAAUCUGAGUCUUGAUGAAAACGGCGAUAUACAGUAUUAUGGUCCCACAUCGGCCAUCCACGAUCCUCCACAACUCCAGUUGCCAUCUCAGACAUCGCAGGCCUGCUCAACACCUCCUGGAACACUCUCAACAACUGAAAUCGGUUCAAAGCUCACGGCUCACUACCAGGAGUCCAAGAUAUGGGAAGACUUUGCAAUCGGAAACGCUUCACUCCAGACGGGUAUCCCACGCCAGGUCAUGGUCAAGCUCUUGCACAUGCAUUGGACGUGGGUAUCUCCAAUGUUUAUGUAUGUUUACCGCCCAGGUGAUAUGGCGACCGGAGGUCGUUAUUACUCCGAACUACUACUUACUGUGAUAUGUGCGCAUGCGGCCAAGUACCAAAAUGGAGACUGCGCAGAAUUUCUGCAAGUCCGCAUGCGUCGCUUGUUAGGAACAGCCAUACAGCAGCCAAGUUCCAUACCAACAGUCCAAGCACUCCUACAACUCAGCGCUCGUGAGCUCGCAAACGGCUCCAUUUCGCAAGCCUGGGUGUACAGCGGAAUAGCUUUUCGGAUGGCGAGUGACCUUGGAUUACAGCACUGCGACCCUGGCUUUCGAAGGUUUGGCCCUGUAGAUGCUGAAGUUCGGAAACGGUUAUUCUGGAGUUGUUACUUUUGGGACAAAGCCAUUAGCAUGUACACGGGAAGACUUCCUGCUAUUACUGAAUCAUUACCACAUAGCACACUCGAUCAACUUGAUGAUUCUAUGGAGCUCGAAUCGUGGUCUCCCUACUAUGGGGAUCCUGUCGACAUCGCCAAACUCACGCAGAGUCGAUACGCGCCUCAGACGAGUCGUGCAGUGUCCUGUUUUGCAAACUCAUGCAAGCUCUCCAUCAUCAUAAAUGACAUAAUUUCUCAGCUCUACUCCCGAAGAAGUCGAGAAAUCACAGAGUCAGCGCUACGUGACAUCAAAGUACGGCUUGAUGUCUGGCGAGCGGAGUCGCCAGCUCACCUGCGUUAUGAGCCAGAUUACAUUCCUGCUGUCUCGCCACCACCACACAUUGUUUCGCAAAACCUUUUGUACUAUACCACAGUGAUUUUAGCCCAUCGCCCAUUCUGGUCUGUACCGGCUCACUACGAGACAUGCAUCGCAGCGGCCCAUGGUAUCGAGAGGCUAGUUCUAUUACUUGACUCGACAUUCGGGUUAGAAAACAUCACCUACUUAAUGGGAUAUUGCAUCUAUACGGGAGCAUCAGCUGUGCUGGAAGAUGCCCAAAGGUGCAAUCAAGGUGCUGCGCAUCCAGUGCUGCGAACGUUUCUUCGCGCUCUCAAUGCCGGCAUGCGUCUAUGUCCGAUACUGGAAAGAAGUCUGAACAUCAUCAUCAGAAGUUUGAGUCAUGUACCAUUAGGCCAGCAUCAACAGCCGCUAGAUGCUGGUAAUGACCAAGGUCGAGACACUACGAACCCGUCAGCAGAUGCAAUUGGGGGGCACACAAAUUCAUAUAUACCUGCAUUUCCUUAUCUGCACCCGGAACUUUCAGUCGACUUUUCCAUGGUCUCACAAGUAGGCGAAAUGGACUUUGGUUCCAUGGCCGCUUUAGAUUGCUUCCCAGAAAUGUGGCUCGAUUCUCGAGAUGCUAUGUCAAUGUAA